CGCCAUCAUCAGUUCAGCACCAGUCGGGGUUUAGGGUUUUCUCCCGCCUCCUCUGCCACCAGCAUUCUGCUCCGACCACCGACGCACCCCCUUCCUCCUAGCACCUCCGACGAUGGCCAAGAAGAGAACGAGGCAUCAGAAUCCGCAGCCCUUUCUCGCCGACGACGAUGAAACCGUCGUCUCGUCGAAGAAGAAGCAGUCGAAACCCGCGAAGAAGCACCAGAGAGAGGAGAAGCUCAUAUCCACGGGCAUGAGCUCGAAGAUACUGAAGGAGGCUCUCAUUCAGCAGAAGGAGCUCCGGGACGAAGCCGACGAGCAGCAGAACCCUAACUUCUCGCGGCAGUUCUUGGAAGAUCAGAGCAAGUUCGCGGAAGAAGAGGAGGACCACGACGACGUCGACGAUUUCGCCGGUUUCUCCGAGACUCAGAGUCAAUUCGGCAAUUACGAAGAGGAGAUUGAUGAGGACGAUGAGAAACUGCUCGAGGCUUUCUUGACCAAGGAUGCCGGUCCCCAGCGCACGCUCGCCGACCUUAUUGUCGAGAAAAUAAAGCAAAAGGAUGCCGCCGUUGCUUCAGAAGCUCGACCGCUACCUAAGUUGGAUGACUCCAUCAUCAAUUUGUAUAAAGGAGUCGGCGAGUACCUUAGCAAAUAUACAGCUGGAAAGAUGCCGAAAGCAUUUAAGCACAUUCCCUCGACACAGAUGUGGGAGGAGGUUCUUUACCUCACUGAACCUGAGAAAUGGUCCCCUAAUGCAAUGUAUCAGGCCACCAGAAUUUUUGCUUCCAAUUUGGGUGCUAGGAGGGCGGAGCGUUUUUAUAAGCUUGUCUUGCUUCCUCGAGUGAGGGAGGACAUCCGGAAGAAUAAGAGACUGCAUUUUGCCUUAUAUCAAUCUCUAAAGAAGUCCCUCUACAAGCCUGCUGCUUUCAACAAGGGUAUAUUGUUUCCAUUGUGUGAGUCAGGGACGUGUAAUCUAAGAGAAGCUGUCAUUGUGGGGAGCAUACUUCAGAAAGUGUCCAUCCCAAUGCUUCAUUCAAGUGUUGCUCUGUUGAAACUCGCAGAGAUGGAUUAUUGUGGCACCACGAGUUAUUUCAUAAAGCUUCUCCUUGACAAGAAAUAUGGAUUGCCAUACCGUGUUGUCGAUGCUUUGGUCGCUCAUUUUAUGAGAUUCUUGGAUGACUCGAGGAUAAUGCCAGUCAUAUGGCACCAGUCACUUCUCGCCUUUGUGCAAAGGUACAAAAAUGAACUGCAGAAGGAAGAUAAAGAUAACCUGAGGAGGCUGCUUGAAAAGCAGAGACAUUAUUUGGUUACUCCUGAAAUCAGCAGGGAGUUGAUCAAUAGUCGCAAUCGUGGAGAGAAAGAGGACCCUAUGAUGAUAUCUACCCCAGUAUCGGUCAUCAAUAAGACCAUUGAUGAAGACAAAUUUGACAUUCCUGAAGUGCCCAUGGAGGAAGAUUGAAGGGUUACAUUUAGCGUCUGUCCUUUGUUGGUAUGAUGUGGCUAAUGCUGCAAUUCUUCAAGACCAUUGAAGGAUUUCCUUCGGGAAUCAAUCAGUAUAGUCCAAGAAUCUCUUUACAACAUGGCUGUUGUCGUUCAAAUAUAGUCAAUGCAUGGGGAUCAAUUGGUGAUUUUUGUUAUGAUCUGUAGUGUUAGAUUUUUUUGGGCAUCAGGAUCAAUUGACGAUUUACCAUGGUGGUUGGUACCGAAAUUACAGUCUUGGCUAUGGAAAAACUAUACUUGAGAUGAAGUCAGAGGCUUUUUUGAAUUGUAGUUGAGUGGUAAACAGACCUUGUGCCCCAGGAUUUUCACAGUUUGAGACGCAUCGGAUGUACAGAAGGGUGUUUCAGUGUCCAUUCAAUUGUCGGAUGCACAGAUUGAGUGGAUAAAUCAGUUUUGGAGUGCGUUCAUAGUGUCUAGUUAAUCAAUUUUUAAUAUUUUAUGGUGUAAAAACAUGUCUUUACUUUGAAAUCAUGUGAGAAACAAGUGCAUUGUCCAUUUUUUGAGCAGCUUUGAUUUGUUCCUAGUGUUAUGCUGCUGUUCUAUUGUGGAAAUUGCAGAGGUCUGUGCUUGUUAUGAAAUAUAUAAUCAUUCCCAUGUACUUUGAAA